CAAACGUUACUGGUCCCAAACCAUCCAGGCCUUAAAGGACACCGCCGAGAAUAACCGCAGGUUCGCUGACCGUAAACGCAUCCCAGCCCCGAGUUAUCAACCAGGUCAACAAGUCUGGCUCUCCACCCGUGACCUCCCCUCCCGAGCAGCCUCACGCAAACUGUCCCCACGAUUCACGGGCCCCUACGAGAUAACCUCCAUACCCAGCCCCACGACUGUCCGUCUCCGCCUCCCAUCCCACUCCCGAGUUCAUCCCACGUUCCAUGUCUCUCAGAUCAAGCCAGUCAACUCCAGCCCCUUGUGCCCUCCGGCCGAACCCCCACCACCCUCCCAGGACCAUCAUGGACGUCAGAUCCAACGGAUCGUGGCCUCCCGUCGACGAGGUAAGGGGUUCCAGUAUCUCGUCGACUGGGUGGGCCGCGGUCCCGAGGAUCGGUCCUGGAUCCCGGGCUCCGCCAUCCCGGACCGCUCAUUCAUUGACUCGUUUCUCUCCUCUCGUCCGUCUACGUCCUCCUCUGGGCCGCCAGGUGGCGACCCUUGAGGGGGGGGUGGUGUCAGGACUCAGCUGGCAGGGCCAUGCAGCCUGUUGCCAUCUUUGCUUCGUCCACAGGUGUUCGCGGUUGGCUGGUGGGCGGAGUAGGCGCACCUGCAGCUCGUCAGCAGCACCGGAGCUGCACUAUAAGAUCUGCACUCGGACAGCGGGUGGAUGCCUGAGUGUUACCGUUGUGGUACCUCCUCGUGCUCCUUCGUCCUCCUUCGAGCUCCUCAGUCCUACUCGUGCUGCCUCUUGGGAUUUCCCCGUUCAUCUUGAGUGGAGCCUUGCUUCUCGGACGAGACGCACUCCCGACGACUCCCAGGUUCCAUCCGCUGUCCUGAAUCCUCCGGUGCUGCUCGGACCUCUCGCCCCGCUCUCAGCCGCCCGGACACCUACGACCAACAUUCAGCUGAGUCCACACUGCCGUCCUCCCCGGUCGGGUUUCUUGCACCUCGUGAUCGACCUGGUCCCCGCCGCCCGAGUUCCUGCCCGAGUAUCUUCCUGCCCGCAGAUUAGCUUCGCCGACUAGCAUUCUCGCCUGUGUAAACAAUAAACCUUUUAAAACUUA